GGAAGAAAGUUGACGCGCUGCAUCCCAAGUAGCUCGCGAUACCUGCGCGCGCCGGGGGUCCUAGGACAGGUGCGCGCACUGCCUGAGAUCGAGGCCGUUCCCUUAUCCCGUGGGAGGAGGUCGGUGUAAGGUGACGCAGGAGGCCCCGGUGACGGAGAGGGGAAGGUCUUGAGACAUUGAUACGGUGUAGUUUCGAGGAGAAAGGUGGAGGGUUUAGUGGCUGGAGAAAGAAGCGGGAGUCGUUAGAGCUCCUGGAAAAGGGCAACAUGAACCGUGGAUACCGUGCGGCGAGCAGCACCAAGUCCCUGUGUACUGUGGAGGUGAAGAGCAAGUUUGGAGCAGAAUUCCGUCGCUUUGCUCUUGAACGUUCCAAACCAGGAAAAUUUGAAGAGUUCUAUGGAUUACUUCAGCAUGUACACAAAAUUCCAAAUGUGGAUGUAUUGGUGGGAUAUGCGGACAUUCACGGGGACUUAUUGCCCAUAAAUAAUGACGACAACUAUCACAAAGCAAUAACUACUGCAAAUCCUUUACUUAGGAUAUUCCUGCAAAGACAAGAAGAAGCAGACUACAGUGCCUUUGGCACAGACACAUUGACAAAAAAGAAAACUGUGCUUUUGCCAAUAUUGCGUCCAGAUAUCAACAAAAAGAAGCCCCAUAUGCUUAUUAGUAUGCCACGUGAUUUUAGACCAGUUUCUUCAAUUAUCGAUGUAGACAUCCUUCCGGAAACCCAUCGCAGAGUACGACUUUAUAAACAUGGAACGGAAAAACCUCUUGGAUUCUAUAUCCGUGAUGGAACUAGUGUCAGAGUAACUCCACAUGGCUUGGAGAAGGUCCCUGGGAUUUUCAUAUCCAGACUUGUUCCUGGUGGGUUGGCACAAAGUACUGGCCUUCUAGCAGUUAAUGACGAAGUUCUAGAAGUUAAUGGUAUUGAAGUAUCUGGAAAAAGCCUUGACCAGGUCACAGAUAUGAUGAUUGCAAAUAGUCACAAUCUCAUUAUAACUGUAAGGCCAGCUAACCAGAGGAAUAAUAUUGUUAGAAACAGUCGAAACUCUGGAAGCUCCGGACAGUCUACUGACAGCAGUACUAGUAUGCAGAGCAACAUGGCACCACAGCACAUUGUGCAGAAUUACCAUCCUGAAGAUGUUGAUAGUGAUGAAGAGGACAUUAUCAUAGAAGGCACUGGUGAGCCUCAGCAAAUUCCUAGAGCUAUACCAACCAGUGAGAGCUUUGAAUCUUUAACACAUCUUGAAUCUUAUCAUGAUUCUACUCAGAAUGGCUUUAUUCCAUCAAACAAUUACAGUUUGCAUGUACAUACCAGUGGGGACAGUUUGGAACAAAUUGGAAAUUUGUAUGAGAAAAAAGUCUUAGAAGAAGAUGGAACCAUUAUUACACUGUAAAUAUUUGAUACACUGCUAUCAGAAGAUGUUUUGUUUUUUUUAAGGCUUGUUGGUUGCACAUUUUUAAUUUUUGUAGCAUAUUGUUUGACAAUAAUGCAAAAAUCAUUUUAAAAACAUAUGUAUAGAUUUUGCAAAGGUAAUUUUAUUUCUUUGACUCUUCCUGUUUUAAAUUGGUUAAAUGAAGGAAUAAGAAUCUUCCCCUUUUAGUCUCACAUUCCAUAGGUGAAUAAAAAAUGGUAUUACACAUUCAA